CCUCUGUCCCUAGGCUAUUUGUGGUAGAGCCUAGGCUCACAGGAAUCAUAGCUCCUUCAGCUUGGUCAUGGACAAGCUCAGGGGAAGCAAGCUCCGGUUGGGGCCACCCCUUCCACCCCCCAGAUGUGCAGUCCCCUGUCCAGAUUCCCCACCUUGGAACAAAGACGCCCCCAUCCCCUCUCCUCUGCCUGCGCCAGGGACCUGGAGAUGUGAGAAAGCUCAGGAGGAGGAGGAGGAGGAGGAGGAGGAGGAAGAGGAGGAGGAGGAGGAGGAGGAGGAAGAUAAAUAUGAGCUGCCCCCCUGUGAGGCUCUGCCGUUCAGUUUUGCUCCUGCCCACCUUCCUGGCACCAAGGAGGACUCUUUGUACUUGGAUCACCCUGGCCCCCUGGGCCUGUGCAAGUCACCGCCACCGAAGUCCCAGGCCACAAUGCUGAAGGCAGCACAGAGUCUGUGGGAGGCGAGGAAGCAGGGACAGCCCUUCCCCUUCGGGAAGCAAGAGCUGGCUGCACCUGCCAGAGUGGUGCCAGGUCUUCCAAAGAAAUCUGAUGAGGAUCUCUACCUGGAGUGUGAGCCCAGUCCAGUCCUGGCCCUGACUCAGGCUCCGAGCUCCCAAGUCCUGAUGCCACCAAUCUCACUGCCAAGGAUAUCAGCGGUGCCCAAGCCCACUGUAGCCCCCCAGGAAGCUCGGAAUGGAGCCGCGAAUGGCACCUCUAAAGGAAGGAGAUCCUCUCUUUCCUCUAGAGCACCCACCUGGAGCACCCCAGCUGCUGAGGACGGCAGCCUGCUGGGUCAGCCCUGGUACUCAGGAACCCGUGACCGCCAUGCUGUUGAGAGUGCCCUGCUCCGAUUCCGAAAGGAUGGGGCCUACACGGUGCGCCCCAGCUCGGAGCCUCAGGGCUCCCAGCCCCUUACCUUGGCAGUGCUUCUGCAUGGCCGGGUUUUCAACAUUCCCAUCCGUCGGCUGGAUGGCGGGAGCCACUAUGCCCUGGGUCGGGAGGGCAGGAACCAUGAGGAGCUGUUCCCCUCUGUGGCUGCCAUGGUCCAGCACUACUCACAGCACCCCCUGCCUCUUGUGGACAGACACAGCGGCAGCCGGCAGCUCACCUGCCUGCUCUUCCCCACCACGCCCUGAUGCCCCAGCAGAUUAUACACACCCACCUCUGCGCCCAUAGUCUGCGCUUUGCCCUCGCCACCUUGGGCUGUCUCCCCCUCACCGCUCCCAGGUCUCCACCCCUCCAAGCCUUCCCCUUCCCUUGCCCCAGUCCCUGCAGGCCUGGAUGAGAGGCUUUGGUAACGGUUACCCAGAAGCAGAACCCCUGAGCCCCCCACCCCAUAUUCACUGCCCCUCCCUGCUGUAUCUCCAAGGCUAGGAAGCUGGGGUCAGGCAAGGCCCCCACUCCCAGGCCCCACUCAUGGCUGUGUUGCCCCGUUUACUAGGGCCUCCCAAGCUGCUCUGGAUAAGGGCCUCCUCCAGGAAGCUGAGCCUCAGGAGGCCAGCCAGGGGUACUGCUUGGACACAAAGUGAACCCUUUCACAUUCUCUUGUGGGCUUAGCACAGGGCUGGCAUUUUGGGUUGCAAUGUACACACUCGGCUUUCAAUAAAUUCUUGUUGAAUGAA